AUGGCUACAGAUAUCAGCACAGAGCCUGCUGAGAGCGAAAUCCGUGCCCAUGGAGCCGACGAGGAGCGUCCCUUGCUGGCACGGUCGCAAACACCCGUGCAGCCCGUGGCGGGUGUCGCAACCAUCAUUGCCGUGCUUCUUCUGGGUGAAUUUAUCUCCAAUGCCGAUGGGACACUGGUGAUAGCGGCGGCGGGCCGGAUCUCAUCCGAGUUCAAUCGACUGCGCGAUGCCAGUUGGCUGUCGACGGGAUACACAUUAGGCCUCUGCGCGGCCCAACCGAUGUAUGGCAAAUUGAGCGACAUCUACGGUCGCAAACGGCUGUUGUUGCUGUCAUAUUUUUUGUUCGCUCUAGGAUGCAUUAUGAGUGGUCUUGCCUCCCAAAUGGGGAUGGUGAUCCUGGGGCGGGCGAUCAGCGGCAUGGGUGGUGCGGGAACCAUGACGAUCAGCUCGAUUAUCAUCACUGAUAUCGUGCCCAAGCGGGAGGUCGCCACCUGGCGGGCCUAUGUGAAUAUAGCAAUGACUCUUGGCCGCAGUCUGGGAGGCCCCGUGGGAGGAUGGUUGAGCGAUACUGUGGGUUGGAGAUGGCUGUUCCUUCUUCAGGCACCAUUGCUGGCUGUGGCUGCUAUCCUGGUAAUUGUCAAAUUGGAUGUAGGCGAGAAGAUCGAAAAGGACAAUAAACUGGGCAGAAUCGACUUCCUCGGAACGGGCCUACUGGGUUCCUCUAUCGUGGCUCUGACUCUGCUCAUCGACCAGGGUGGUAAGUCAUUCUCCUGGAAUUCGUGGUGGCCUGCCUUCUUUGGGGGCGGCGGAGUCCUUCUCUUGGUUGCUUUCGUCUUGGUCGAAGCCUACGUCGCGCGCGAGCCGAUCUUCAACCUUCGCAUCUUGCGUCGCCCCAACGUUGCAGCUGCAUACCUCAUCAGUGCCCUCCAAAUCACUGCACAGCUCGGCAUGUUGUUUUCACUUCCUCUUUAUUUCCAAGUGACGCAACGCGCAUCCACAACAGCGGCUGGCGGACACAUGAUUCCCGCAGUCGUGGGAAAUACCCUGGGUGGACUCGUCGCUGGGAUCUUUGUUCGUCGGACGGGCCGCUUCAAGGCUCUGCUUAUCUUGGCAGGCCUAAUAGCUGCCAUCUCCUAUGCCUUGUUGUACCUUUGCUGGAAUGGUGAUACCGGAUUUUGGGAAUCGUUGUUCAUCCUGCCUGGAGGUCUAGGCACGGGUGUUGCUUCAGCCUCGGCAUUUGUCGCUAUGACAGCGAUGCUUCCGAAUGAUGAAGUAGCAAUGGCUACAGCAGGCUUCAUGCUGCUAGUUGGAUUCUCCAUGACAGCAGGUGUCACGACUUCUAACUCGGUACUCGGGAUCGAAUUCCAAAGACAAUUGAAGAAGCACCUUCAUGGACCGGGUUCAGACACCGUCAUCCGACGCGCUUUGGCAGAUACGGGCUACAUUGCAAGCCUGAGUGGGCAUGUUCGGGAAGUCGUGGUUGCCUGCUAUGUUGCUGGGUUGAAGCAUACCUAUUCAUGUUCGCUUUUAGCCUCUUUUACAGGCCUCUUCAUUGUGCAUCAUCAACUUUAG